GUAGUAAAUCGCAGGUCGCUAUUCAAUUUGCUCAUUACGUCCGCGACACGUCACCGCAAACCAGCGUCUUCUGGGUACACGCGAGUUCGAGGCUGAGAUUUGAAGAGGCGUACCGAUCCAUCGCAGAUAGGCUACAGCUACCCAGUCGAAAUGAUCCCGGCGUCGACGUGCUCAGGCUCGUCUGUGACUCUCUGCAGACAGAGGAAGCUGGCUCAUGGUUGAUCGUCUUGGACAAUGUUGACGAUGUCAAUCUCUUUCAUUCCAGCACCAAUGCCGGAGGGAACAAGGCAGCAAACCAACCAGCGGAGGGGAGCGCUAUUGUUAGGAGCGAUCAGCGGCCACUCGCGACGUACUUGCCGAAACGCCACAGUGGAACCAUCCUCGUCACAUCCCGCAGCAUGGACGCUGCUGAAAAGCUGACAGGUAGCCAGAAGGCUGUCUACCGGAUCUCAACCAUGGAUGACGCUCAAGGCCUUCAGCUUUUCCGAAACAAGCUCAACGGAGACUUUGACAGGGAUGCCGCUGCUGAUCUUCUUCGGGCUUUAGACUGUAUCCCGCUGGCCAUCACCCAAGCGGCAGCAUAUAUCAACCGUCGCGCCCCCCGUGCAUCGGUAAAAACGUAUCUGGAUACCUUUCGGGAGAGCGACAAGAAGAAGAGUAGUCUCCUCAACAGAGAAGCGGGGGAUCUUCGACGAGAUGAGACCGUCUCCAACUCCGUGGUUACGACAUGGCAAGUGACCUUUGAACAGGUACGCCGCGAGAGACCAUCUGCAGCGAAACUGCUUUCCUUCAUGAGCUUCUUCAAUCCGCAGGGCAUCCCUGAGUUCGUGCUUCAUAACGAUGACACCGAUCUGACGGACAAUGUGGACAGAGACGCAGAGAGUGACGACUUUGAGGAUGAUCUUGAUGUCCUCCGCGGUUACUCGCUCGUAUCUGUGACAGCAACACAAGACGUGUUUGAGAUGCAUUCCCUGGUACAGUUUUGUACACGAGCUUGGAUAUCCGUAGUGGACAAUGCAGAACGAUGGAGACAGUUGUUUCUACGGGCCAUGUCUAGAUAUUUCCCAAGUGGGGUAUUCAGAAAUUGGCCCACUUGUCAGAUGCUACUUCCCCAUAUUGAGUCGAUGUUGGAGGAGCAGCCACCAAAUGAGGACCUGCAGGACUGGGCCUGUCUGCUGUCCAAUUGUGCAUUGUAUAUGUUGACUAGCGGCAACUACAGGGUGGCAGAAAAUUUGAGUGGGAAAGCUGUCGAAACAAGGACCAAGGUGCUGGGGGAGGAGCAUCCCUCUACGCUAACCAGCAUGGGGAACCUGGCGGCGACAUAUGGGAAUCAAGGUCGAUGGAAGGAGGCGGAAGAGCUGGAAGUGCGAGUGAUGGAGACGAGGAAGAGUGAGUGAGUUAUGAUUAACGCCAAAG